AUGAAACCGGAAACGCUGACGCUAGUGCUCGUAAAUAUAGCGGGGAUAAUGGAAAGAGCAGAUGAAUCAUUGUUACCCGGAGUAUACAAAGAGGUUGGAGAAGCGCUUCACACCAACCCGGCUGGGCUCGGGUCAUUGACCCUGUUCAGGUCAAUAGACCAGUGUAUUUGUUACCCUCUGGCCACUUACUUGGCCGUUCGGCACAACCGGGCGCACGUAAUUGCCUAUGGGGCUUUCCUUUGGGCCGCAGCCACCUUCGUUGUUGCCUUUUCCUCCACCUUCUUCCAGGUGGCCUUAUCAAGAGCUUUGAAUGGGAAUGGCCUCGCGAUUGUUACACCUGCCAUCCAGUCCCUUGUGGCUGACUCAACUGAUAACAGCAGCCGAGUUCGCAUCUUUGCUAACGACCCACACUUUCCAGAAGGUGGUGUAAGAACUAGCAAUGAAGUUCAUCACAGAUCCUUGUUAGAAGAAGUUAAGGUUCUUGUCCAUGAAGCAAAAUCAGUAAUAAAUAUUCAAUCCUUUCAAAUUAUUGUAGCUCAAGAUGUCACCGUUGCUAACUCUCUUGGGGGUUUGUUCCUAUCCAAACGCCUCCCAAAUUCUGGCCGGAUAAUUUUAUCCCAGAUAAGCUCGGCAUCUGCUAUUCCUCUCACAGCGAUUCUUUUCCUGUCCUUGCCAACUGAUCCAUCUACAAUGUUCUUGCAUGGUUUCAUCCUGUUAAUUGCAGCCAGUCCAAUUUUUGCAGAGAUACUCCCAGAGAAAUCACGAACAAGUAUAUAUGCUUUGGACCGAUCAUUUGAGUCCGUGUUGUCAUCAUUUGCUUCCCCAAUUGUUGGACUACUGGCUCAAGUUGCCAUUGACAUGCACUAUGAUAAUGAUGGACUUGAUUUGUAUGAUGACGAUGAUGAGAAGACGUUGGUAAGCCAGCGGCUAAAGUUUUCCAAUGGGGGAAAAACGGAAUAG